AAAAUUAAAUUAUUUUUUCUUUUGCCCUUGAUUUGUCAUUGGUCAUUAUCUUAGGCUUGGUUGAUUUAUUGAUGACUUGUAUGUCGUUAAUAGAAUUUAUUUGAUCGUUUAAUUUGACUUAAUCGAAUAAUUUAUUGAAUUAAAUUGAUAAAUUGGUCUGUAUUUUGGUGUUCAAAGACUGAGUUAAAUUAGUAUAUGGUCCCGUUGAUUUUUUGGUUACUGAACUUUAUUAUCUAAGGUGCAAUCUUGGCUAUUGUGGCUGGUAGUUGUUGGGAAACCGAUUAAAAGAAAUUCAGGAUGUUAACCACAGUCACUCGACCUUCAAUUUUGUUACCUUUCCGUAAUGGGCUGAUGUCUUCAGUUGGAAUGGUAAAUCCUAUGUCGGAUGUUUCCUCUCGUAAGCUCACUACAACUAAUACCUUGAUGAAUUAUAAGUACGUUCAUGAUGUCGAUCAACCAUUUUGGGAGGAUAAAUUCAGAUCCGAAGGAACUCGUACUAUGCUUGGAGAUUUUAUAUCAGCUGGGUUCACCUUACUUGGUGCAUUUUUCAGAGAAUCGUGUACUAUAAAUUAUCCUUUUGAAAAAGGUCCUCUUAGCCCUAGAUUCAGGGGUGAACAUGCAUUAAGAAGGUAUCCUUCUGGUGAAGAAAGGUGUAUUGCCUGUAAAUUAUGUGAAGCAAUUUGUCCAGCCCAAGCAAUCACUAUUGAAGCUGAGGAGAGACCUGAUGGUAGUCGGCGAACAACUCGUUAUGACAUAGAUAUGACUAAAUGUAUUUAUUGUGGUUUUUGUCAAGAAGCUUGCCCGGUCGAUGCGAUUGUAGAAGGUCCCAACUUUGAAUAUGCUACGGAAACCCAUGAAGAAUUAUUGUACAACAAGGAAAAAUUAUUGAACAAUGGUGAUCAAUGGGAACCUGAGAUUGCAGCAAACAUUCAAGCUGAUCAUUUAUACAGAUAAUUCUAUAAAAGUGUUAUAAUUGUAAAGAAAUUUCAAACGAAAUGAUUAAGAUUAUUAGUUCAUAUCUAAUAUGUUAAAUAACCAUAGGGUUCCAAUAAAAUUGAUUAUCAGAUCUAUCUUAUAUUGA